CUCCCCUUUUCCUCCCUCCUCCCACCGCCCUCUGAUUCGUUGACCUGAAAAUCGCCGGUCACCGGAGCGCCAGUCACUGUUUGAAGUUCAAGAUCUGUUAAUUAGCCGACUCUAUUUCAGCAAUCCAAGAUCUGAUUGGAUAGCGAAACCAGCUGUUUUGGAGCGAAGUGCGGCGAUAACCCAGUCCAGUUUUUGAGGUUUGGAUGUAGUUUCGCUUUAUUUGCAGAUCUGGGUCUGGUAUUGCUUGUCGUUUUGAUUCCGUUAAGUUGUUGAAUUGGGAAAUGUCUAUUUUGUCUAAGGGGGAUUCGAUUCAAAUUCGAGAGGUGUGGAAUGAUAAUCUUGUGGAAGAGUUUGCUUUGAUUCGUGAAAUUGUUGACACUUAUAAUUAUGUCGCUAUGGAUACGGAGUUCCCCGGCGUGGUUCUGCGUCCGCUGGGGACGUUCAAGAACAUAAGUGACUAUAACUAUCAAACUUUGAAAGAUAAUGUUGAUAUGCUGAAGUUGAUUCAGUUGGGUCUAACUUUUUCGGAUGAAAGUGGAAAUCUUCCUACUUGUGGAACGGAUAACUUUUGCAUCUGGCAAUUCAAUUUCAGAGAGUUUAAUUUAAGUGAAGACAUAUAUGCAAGCGAUUCAAUUGAACUGUUGCGCGAGUGUGGGAUUGACUUUAAGAAGAAUAAUGAGAAGGGUAUUGACGUGAAUAGAUUUGGAGAGCUUUUGAUGUCAUCAGGGAUUGUGCUGAAUGAUAGUGUGAAUUGGGUUACAUUUCACAGUGGCUAUGAUUUUGGGUACUUGCUUAAGUUGUUGACAUGCAGGAAUUUGCCAGAUACACAAGCAGGGUUCUUUAAUUUGAUCAAUACAUAUUUUCCUAUAGUGUAUGAUAUCAAGCAUAUGAUGAAGUUUUGCAAUAGCCUUCACGGCGGAUUGAACAAGCUAGCGGAAUUGUUGGAGGUGGAAAGAGUCGGUGUGAUGCAUCAAGCUGGCUCCGAUAGCUUGCUCACAUGGUGCACGUUUAGGAAGUUGAGAGAUAACUUUUUCAAUGGCUCUACAGAGAAAUAUGCCGGUGUAUUGUACGGCCUUGGUGUGGAGAAUGGGCAGAGUACUAAUUAGAAGAAAAAACCUAGUCGGAAAAAAUUGAUGAAUGUCUGUAGACUACGAGUGUGAGACUUAUAACUUUCGUUGUAUACAUUGGAAAAAUGAUUGUUGUUUUCAACUUUUCAUUGUUACUUUUCUAUAUUUUCUUGCAUCGUAACAGAAACCUUAACUGGUUUUGUAGUUUGAGUCAGUCUCAGUGUAUAUUAUAUCAAUUAGUGUUUCAAUAAUAAUUUUAAUGAUUC